UUCAUCUCUCUUUUAAAUCCAGAGCUCUUGCAUUUGGCUGUCUUGGCUUGCCAGCAAACCCCCAGCAUCCCCCUGCCUCAGACUCCCCAUUGCUGUGUGUGUGCUACCCUGACUGGCUUUUUAAUGUGAGUCCUAGAGAGCAAACUCAGGUCCGCUUCACCACCUAACCAUCUCCCAGCCCCUAAACCUGCUUUUCUGAAUGGAGUCAGCUUUAGAUAUUCUGACUCUUUUGUGUAGCUAAGAAUGAGGGUGAUCUGGAGUUCUAUAAGAACCCUGGAGCUACCUGGGGUCCUCAGCAUGGAAUUGUCGAUGUUCAACACAUUGCCUUGAGCCUGCGGAUAUCUUCUUACCUUGGGACAAGAGCAAGGUUCCAGGUUGGCCAACACCAUUGUGCUCUCUAGGCCAGUGCUCGGUGAGGCCUGUGUGAUAGCCCUCCUUUUCACAGCUAACCAAGCAGCUCCUAAGGGUGUGUUAAAAGAUAAGAGGGGAAGGAAGCCAAUCCCCAUGCAAAGGGCUGGAGCAGGCUAGUAGUUGCUAGGCAAGAGAAAGUAAUUCAGAGUCCUUGCCAAGUGCCUGCCUUGCAAACAGGGAAACUUCCAUGGAAGGGAGUGAGGUGGGGGUGCUUGCUGGUUGCCAUAGGAAUGUCUCCAUGAUUGGAACCAGACCACAGAGUGGGGAGAACAAGCCGGCAGCACCCAUGGUUCUUUCAGCUUGGGAAUGGAAGCACACGGUGGGCGGUGGAGCCAAGGCAGAAUCAUGAAUAAACUGGAGGACAAGCAGGACCAGAUGAUACCAUGAAGAGAAGUUUACAGGCCCUCUAUUGCCAACUGUUAAAGACUGUGUUCUGGGAAGCAGUUCCCAGUGGAGUCAUGGACCUCAUCAGUCUGGCUGUUGAACCCGUGAUCUCCGGACAUUUCUGGAAGCCACCAGGCUUUCUCCUAACCUUGGCACUGACCAAAGCACUGGUACUCGCCGUCCAGGGACCAUCUCCCAGGGAAUCUCUGCAGACCCUCCCCUCAGGCAGCAGCCCCCCAGGCACCAUGGUGACAGCAACUCACAGCCCUACCAGACUCUCCUCUGUGAUGACCCUGAGCCCUAAACCUGAUGGCCCCUCAUCACAGGCUGCAGCUACUAUGGAAACGACAGUAUCUCAUCCAGAAGGGCACCCUCCUACAGACACUGUGUCCACAGUGAUGGUGACAGCUGCCGUCCCCCAUCCUGAAAGCCCUCUGCCCACAGGUUCCCCUCCAGCUGCCAUGGCAACCACAUCGUCCCACUCAGAGAGCCGCCCCCCAGGGGAUGCUGCCCCCGCCGCCACCACCCUGCCAACAAAGCCAGCAGGAACCACCAGCCGCCCCACAGUGUCCCCACGGGCCCCAACUCGUAGGCCCCCCAGACCCCCAGGCUCUUCCAGGAAGGGGACUGGUGGUUCGUCUCGCACUUUCCCACCUGUACCUGGCGGCCACUCAGCAAGGAAGGAAAGCCAGAGGGGACGAAAUCAGAGCUCAACACAUCUGGGGCCGAAGCGUCCUCUGGGGAAGAUAUUCCAAAUCUACAAAGGUAACUUUACGGGGUCUGUAGAGCCAGACCCCUCUGCUCUCACUCCCAGGACCCCACUCGGGGGCUACUUCUCUUCGACACAGCCUCAGACAGUAUCUCCAGCUACAGGACCCAGAAGCACCUCGUGGGUGCCCCCCACAACUUCCCUGGUACCUGCAACGGACAAGCCAGACCUUACCAGAGCCAACCAGGGGAGUGGCCCCACAUUUACCAGCCCAGGAGGGGAGCCAGAUGCCACAGCAGCUUCAGGUGCCCCUGCCAGUACACAGCCCGCCCCAGUGCCUUCUCAGAGCCCUCAUGGUGACGUGCAAGACAGCUCCAGCCACAGUGACUCUUGGCUUGCUGUCACCCCUGACACUGACAGACCCACGUCUGCCAGCUCCGGGGUCUUCACGGCUGCCACAGGGCCCACCCAGGCUGCCUUCGAUGCCAGUGUCUCAGCCCCUCCCCCGGGCAUCCCUCAGGGACCAUCUGCAACCCCUCCGGCCCCAGCCUGGCCCUCUGGGGUCUCAGAAAGCAUUGUUUCUCCAGCCAAGGAGGAGGCUGAGGCCUUCCCCACAACCACCGACAGGGGGCCCAGACCGCUUUCCACAGUGCCGUCUACAGCCACGGGCAACUUCCUCAACCGCCUGGUCCCCGCGGGGACCUGGAAGCCGGGAACUGUGGCCAACAUCUCCCAUGUGGCUGAAGGGGACAAGCCCCAGCACAGAGCCACCAUCUGCCUGAGCAAGAUGGAUAUUGCCUGGGUCAUCUUGGCCAUCAGCGUGCCCAUCUCUUCCUGCUCCGUCCUGUUGACAGUGUGCUGUAUGAGAAGGAAGAAGAAGACGGCCAACCCUGAGAACAACCUGAGCUACUGGAACAACGCCAUCACCAUGGACUACUUCAACAGACAUGCAGUGGAGCUCCCGAGGGAGAUCCAGUCCCUAGAGACCUCAGAGGACCAGCUCUCAGAGCCCCGCUCCCCAGCCAAUGGCGACUACCGAGACACUGGGAUGGUCCUCGUGAACCCCUUCUGCCAGGAAACACUGUUCAUGGGAAACGACCAAGUUUCUGAGAUCUAGAUGCAGCAGCCUCCGCUUUGCCACUCCCUAUUUUUGUCCCUAAAAUUAUAAAUAUACAAAUAUAUAUAUUAUAAAUAUAACCUUUGUGUAACCCCGACUUAAUAAGAGACAUUUUCAGCUUUUUUUCUUAAGAAUUGUCAACAUCUUUUUUACAAGUGUGGUUUAAAAAAAAAAAUUUACAGAACGACCCCAUGGCUUUAUAAAAUAAAGGUAUUUCUAAGCAAA